UGAUUCUCCUCUUCCAGAAACUUCACAUGGUUCAGCUGACAUAAAAAAGGAGAAGCAAUGAAGCGCAGGUGCUGUUCUGCUGUUUCCUCUGACUCUGCUGGUAACAAUGGAGGAUGAUGUGCACUACUCUACGCUCGUGUUCAGUUCACCUUGCCCUGCAGUGCCUAAAGAUGGAGCAGAGACUGAGAAUGUUGUGUACUCAGAAAUCAAUACAAAAGGAGAGAAGGCACCACAAAUCAGUUCUGCAACGGCUGAGGAAGUGCCUGCACUCAGAUAUACGUCAUACAGACAGGCUACAGCGGCUCUGGGGCUACUGUGCAUUCUCUUAUUAGCAAGCUUAACCACUAUGUGUGUUUUAAAUAUCAAGCAAGUUUCAAAAUACACCUCCAUUUUGGCUCUUUACACCAAUGAGAGCACGGCACACAGGAUACUGCAAGCUGAUAAAGCAGCACUGGAGACUGAGAAAGAAGAAAUAACUGCACAGAGAGAUCAGUCCAAUAACGGCCUAUGGUUCAUCACCCAAUUUUCAAAUUUCCCAGUUCAAAAUUAUUGUAACUUAACAAAGGGAGAGGUUCACUGUAAGCCAUGUAUGCAAAACUGGAUUCAGAACGGCUCCAGCUGUUACUUGAUCAAGUUGACACCAUGGCUAACCUGGACAGAGAGCCAAAGGUCUUGUGCUGAGAGUGGAGGGCACCUAGUGGUGAUCGAAACUCUAGAGGAACAGGAAUUCAUCAGACAAAAUACACCCUUUUAUUAUGAUAAAUAUCAUGGGUACUGGAUUGGACUCGCUAAGCCAAACGACAAGUGGAUUUGGACCACCGGUGCUGAGCUUCAAACCAAUGGAUUCUGGAUUGCUCCACCUGAAAACUCAGAAAAGCAAUGUGUGUUGUCAAAACCCAGUGCCACUGAUGUGAACAACUGGCAGCCAAGCAUGUGUACAAUGUACAAUAGAUUUAUCUGUGAGAUGAAAGCGAUUUUAUGGCCAAGUCAAAUGUAGAACACACCACCACUCCAGAAUAUUCCAUUUUUUAAAAAUUCAGUUUAAUCUCCGCCUGCAUGUAUACAUUAGCAUGUUAGAAAAGCAUUUAAGAUAUGUUCAGGCACUACUCACUUAUACUGCAAAUCUAGGAGCUUCUGCUAAACUCGGUCAAUAAAUGACAUGACUAAUGCUCCCGAGUGGCACGGCAGGGAAGCAGUCACUCAAUCAUCAGGAGAUUAGGUUCCAAUCAAUUGCCACCAUCAUCUGUAGCUGGGAGCCAAGGGAGCAAAACUGUCUGUGGGCAGGAGGAAUGAUAUACUCGGUCUUAGACACCCAGCAACCACUGGCCUCUGUGAGCUCAUGUUUCUGCAAGUUUUCACCCUCCCCAACUUGUAGAUGUUAUAUAAUAGAGGAGAGCUGACUGGUUGAUGAGAACUGGCAGAAGACCAAACUGGGUGACCAAAAAACAUCACUUAUUAAUGCAUCUUAAACAAUUAGGAUAUUGUGAAAAAGUUCUCUUUUUUUCCCCCGUAAUUUAAUUCAAAAAGGUAAUCUUUCAUAUA